GUUCGUGUCAAUCGCAGGCAGCGCGCACGCUGCUUUAAUGGUGUCAUCCGUGCGUUCACCAGGCACAGCAGACACAUACCCAGAGCAGGACGCAGGCAGGCUCCCAGACUAUCUGUCCCGUCGCUGGAGCCGAAGAAAUUCCGCGGCAGAGCGGGAACGAGGGCUGUCAGAGCUGCUGUGGGGAGAUCCCGGAGACUUCCCUGGAGAUAGGAUUAUCCUGCAUCCGUAGCCCGCACCAACACACACACACACACCGCAAACACACACACAGACACCACAAACACACACAUACUCCACAAACACACACAUACACACACACACACCGCAAACACACACACAGACACCACAAACACACACAUACUCCACAAACACACACACACACACACCGCAAACACACACACACACACUACAAACAUACGCACAAAGGAAACCCAGCCAGAAGGAGCAAGUCUGGGGAUUGAAACCCUGCUCGCAGAAGAAAAAGGAACAAGCGUGCAAGCAGCUCUGCCAGGAUGUCCAAGCUAGUGGAGGUGAGGAUGGAAGAAUGUAACCUGACGACUGAGAAGCCUCCGAUCAAGGUGCCCAUCUGGAAACGGCUGGGGAGGAACCUGAGGAAGAACCUGCUACUGUCUCUCACGGUGUUUGGUGUGAUAUUCGGUGCGUUCGCUGGAGGACUGCUGAGAUAUGCAGGCCGCAUACACCCCGACAUCGUCAUGAUCAUAGCCUUCCCGGGAGACAUCCUCAUGCGGAUGCUGAAGAUGCUCAUUCUCCCUUUAAUCGUCUCCAGUUUAAUCACAGGUCUGUCUGGUCUCGAUGCGAAGGCCAGUGGGCGGCUGGGCACCAGAGCCAUGGUCUAUUACAUGACCACCACCAUCAUUGCCGCUGUGCUCGGCGUGAUCCUCGUCCUGGCUAUUCACCCCGGAGAUCCUGCACUGAAGAUUCAGCUUGGGGAAGGGAAGAAGAACGAUGAGGUCUCCAGCUUGGAUGCCUUCCUGGAUCUCAUCCGGAACCUCUUUCCCGAAAACCUGGUCCAAGCCUGUUUUCAACAGAUACAAACAGUCACCAGUAAAGUGGAGAAUCCUUCUGAGGAUCAGAACAUUACCAACGUCUCGGCGAUCAUGAUGGAAGUUGUGAAUGAGACCCUUGGAGAACCGGAUGGACCUAGCUACACGAUCACAAAGAGCUUACAGUACAAAAAUGGGAUGAACGUGUUGGGUGUGAUUGGCUUCUUCAUUGCUUUUGGCAUUGCCAUGGGCAAAAUGGGGGAGAGGGCGCAGCUAAUGGUGGAAUUCUUCAACAUCCUCAACGAGAUCAUCAUGAAGCUGGUGAUAAUGAUCAUGUGGUAUUCGCCCCUGGGUAUCGCCUGUCUGAUUUGUGGAAAGAUUGUGGCCAUAAAAGACUUGGAAACGGUGGCCAGGCAACUGGGCCUGUACAUGGUGACAGUAAUCACUGGUCUUAUCAUCCACGGAGGCAUCAUUUUACCGCUGAUUUACUUUUCGAUAACCAGGAAAAACCCUUUCUCCUUCUUAGCAGGCAUCUUCCAGGCCUGGAUCACCGCUCUUGGGACGGCAUCCAGUGCUGGGACCCUGCCCGUCACCUUCCGCUGUCUGGAGGACAACCUGGGUAUUGACAAGCGGGUGACCCGAUUUGUUCUCCCAGUCGGGGCCACCAUCAACAUGGACGGGACUGCCCUCUACGAGGCUGUGGCUGCCAUAUUUAUCGCCCAGAUGAACAAUAUCCAUUUGGAUGCGGGGCAGAUAGUGACUGUGAGCCUGACAGCAACCCUGGCCAGUAUUGGAGCGGCCAGUAUCCCCAGUGCCGGGCUGGUCACCAUGCUGCUGAUUCUCACCGCCGUCGGCCUCCCCACUCAAGACAUCAGCCUCCUCGUGGCCGUCGACUGGCUGCUGGACAGGAUGAGGACCUCGGUGAAUGUUGUGGGCGACUCGUUCGGGGCCGGCAUCAUCUACCACCUGUCGAGGGAGGAGCUGGCGAACAUCGACUCCCAGCAUGCCCUGCUCGAGGACGGGAGAAUGGCCAAGACAUCCUUCAUGCACGAAGGCAUCAAGACCCACUACGAAAACACCGCGAGCCAGGCCAAUUACUCAGACAACUCUGCCCAGCCAGGAGAGGCCAAGGUGACCAAGGCCACCAAUGGCACAGCUGCCGACUACACAAUUGUUGAGGAGGAACCUUGGAACCGGGAGAGCUGAGGAGAUUGGGGAACCCUGAUCCCGUCACCCAUGAGGUCCAACCUCCCCCUCCCCCGUCCCCCCCACCCCCCCCCCUGAAGCUCGCUUCUGUUGAAACCGUUCGUCCGACAGGAAACAAGCAAAUAAUAACACGUCAAAAAAUCUCAAUUGUACUUUUAUGUAAAAUGUGGUUAGUGCAAAGUCCGAGUAGUAAGCUGGUGAAGGGGGACGCCUGGGGUUUUACCAGUUACUGCAUAGUUCUUUACAGGUCUCCAUACGGCCACUCGGGAAAGAGGAAGGAGCCCAGUUCGAAGAAGCAAGUUUGUAAGCACAAGACUACAAGCAGCCCAGGCACCGUGUAUGUGUCUCACCACUACCCCUUGCCCUGCCUGAGAGUAAUGUGAGUUGUUUAUGUUGUAAGGGAAGACAAUGACAUUGUUGCACACCCAGGGUUUAACCCUCUUCUCUUUGCUCUACUGGUUUUGCCGACUUGUAUUGUAAUCAAGCACAUCGUUUAGACCUAACUGGUUGGCACAGGCCAUUCUCAGGGAAGUGAUCUGGUUUAAUGCGUGACACUGCCAUUAGUGAGAGCCGCAAGUGCAUUAGUCCAGCGAUGUACUCCCCCAGUUCUGUUUUCCCCCUCUCUCCCCCCCCCCCGGGCAUGUCCCUCGCACUGUGCUCUGGGCAAUGUGCCUCAAUGCAAUCAGAGCAGCCAACAGGCAAAGCUGAGCACUUCCUCGUAGAUCAAGCUUCAGUAUUUGCCCAGGGGCCUGCCGUUGGGGGAGAGGGUGGAGGAAUAACCUGCAGUGCCAGCUCCACACUAGCCUGGUUCUUCACUGCCUCGGGACAGUGCAGAUCCUCUCCCUGUCCCGAAUCCCUCAACCUGACAGGCCCUGGGGGAAGCAGAUCCUGAAAGAUUCGCACCAGAUUCCCUCAUUUUAGGUCCCCCGAGGGGGCCUGAGAGGGGGGACAAGGUUCAAUAUCCCAGCGGCCAAGAUGUCCAGGGCACUGGGUAUCCUGACAGAGCCGCCCUCUGGCCCAGCCUCUCCUUUUCUCCCAAUGCUUCCACAUAUUCUUCCCAUGUCCCCGCACCUCUCGGGAGACCCUCAAGCACAAGACAGAGUUGGGGCUGCUCAUGCGAGGAAUAGCUGAAGUUCACCCACCUUUGGCUCAGACCAGGCAGCUUCUACGAGGGCCAUUGCCGAGAUGGGGAGCUUCGGAGAUACUUCUCAAUGGCGCGUCCCAACCUUUGUAAGUCCACAUCACCAGCAAGAUGGAGUUCUCAGCUGACCCCGUUAUCGAGCUCUUCAAACAUUGAUCUUGGACCAUGGUGCCAGAUCCAUGCUGACCCAAUAUCUUGCAUAUAUCUCCUUCAACCAGGUGCCUAAUUCUAAUCAUCACUUACUUUAACUAAAAGCAGCUUAGGCACCUGACUAAUCCACCCCCGACUAUCCAGUUCAAACUAAAAACCUUACUAGCUUGAGUUGCCUUGCUAGGUUGGGAGGGUAGGGGUGAGUAGGUGAAUUGUUUUGUUACUCCUGAACCCAUCCCACUUGACACCCCACCCCUUGUAAUGACAGCAGCCAACGUGGGUAAAUCUGGGCUCUUGACCCAAACGAGGGCAAAGCAGCCAUUCUCAACUGUGAAUGUUUUGCCUUUGAUGGCGCCCAUCCACCCACUGGGUAGAAUGGUGCUGGGUAAAUAUUCUCCGUACACAACCCGUUCCCCAGACCCUGCCUGAGACACCAGCACCAUGGACAAGCACAAGUAUUAUGUCGAACUUUUCUCUCUGCCAAUUCAAAUGUCUCAAAGUUUCACAAGAGUGCCAAAUGAUGCCCAAUGUCCUGGGGCUCGGUUCGGCCACAAAGAAGUGAGGGAGGAUAUUUGGCUCAGGAAUGUCUUCUGCUGCCAAUCCUUGGCCCGAGGAUCGCAGACGUAGACUCUACCUGAGCAUCCUAACCCUCGUGUGCAGGGGAUGGGUGAAUUUUUAUUUAAAAACAUCGUUCGCCUUGCAUAACAGGCAUACUCUAUUGCACUCGUGCAAUUAGAUCUCAAAAGCUCUCUGCUGAGAGAUUCCACAGAUGGAAGAACUUCCCGGAGAGCAAUCUUUGAAGCAGAUUUGAAUUGGCUUCAAGGAUGCAGUUGGUUCAUGCUGUUCAGUGUUAACUGGUUUUCUACUUUCUCAGAGUGUCUCCUUGAGCUGUUGUAAUACUGUGGACUAUUAUUAAAUUUUGUACUUGUGUCUAAUGUAAAUCUUGCAUGAUAUUUAGUGCACAUACUACUUUGAAGCAAUCGGGCGACAUUGGAUGUUAAUUGUUCUUAGUUUUUACGCCAUAACUUCUUAACCUCAGCUUUCCAAACUCCCUAAAAGAACUUGGUUUGCCUUUUGAUAGUUAAAGUUUAGCAGGUGUAGGAAUCUGCGUGUGUGCGUGUGUGCGUGUGUGAGAGAGAUUAUCCCCACCGCUAAUGGAUUGUAAAAUGCAGGGCGUUGGGAAGAGAAAUAGUGUGGAGGGGAGAGAAGAAGUGUGGAGGCUGGUACCUGGGAUGACCGCCAGGAACCGAGAGGGUUGGAAGAUGAGAAGAUCGUGUCGGGAGAUAUUCCCACAGCCACCCGUAAUCCAACAAGUGAGAGGUCCCUUCCCUGUGGGUCCUUCGGUGGAAACUGGGUAGUGGAUUCGGGAGGGACCAUGUGUCAGCUGAGCUUGACCAGUGAAGGUGUUGGUUGCUUACGUGAGUUGCCAAGAAUGAAUGGGGCAGCCCAGCCAAGAAUAAAAUGGAAUAUUAAUACUUUUGGAGCAGGAGGGAGAGUGUGAUGGAAUUAGUAGCAAAUUGUCAGAUGGGAUGAAAACGUCCAGUGAAGUGUGAAACAGUUGGGGAAAUCUUGCAAACCGAUGCACUGCUCUUACAAAAGCCAAUACUUCCACACAAAGCACACAAUUUCCUGAUCCCCUCCUCCCCCACUACUCCCAGCACCCUGCCCCAUCACUCCCUCUCCCCAACAACCCCCCGAUAUCCUUGAAAGUGAUUUAAAAAAAUCCCAGAUGCUGGAAGUUUUGAAAUGGAAGCAAGAACACUCAACAGGCCAGGCAGCAUCUAUGGAGGGAGAAACUGAUCAAAGAUCAUUGACCUGAAAUAUUAACUCAGCUUCUUUCUCCACAGAUGCUGUCUGACCUGCCAACCAUGUCCUGCAAUAAAUUAAAUAGUAAAAACAAAUUUGCAUGAGAUCUCUGCAAGUGAUUGAGAUGGGGUGGGGGGUCAGCCUAGAGUGCCAGGACCAUUGCAGGCCACAGCUAAGGAUCACAGUUUAAACUGUGGGCUUGCCUUUUCCCCGUUAAGGUGCAUAAGAUCCAAGAUUAAGGUGCAUAAGCUCCUGGUAUCAGAUGUGCGGCAGAAUAACUAUAGGAGCAGUUUCCAUAGCCACCAUCAGUAUCCUUCAGAUGCUGAUGUACAGUGAGUGAAGAGGCACCAUGCUGGGCUAGUUUGCAGAUAUGUCUGCUUCAAAGACAAAUGAUGUGUUGCUUCCAGCCUUUGAUGCAAUCUGCUGGGAUGGAGCAUUCUUACAAUUCUGAGUGAGCGUCAGAGGUUUGCAGCUCAGCUUUUAUUCCGGAUGCCUGCAAGAGGGAGUCUAGCUCCAACACACCUCACUUUCAACCCCUCUC